CUCUAGGGAAUUAAAACUUCCGUGCGUUCCGAGUGUACUGUUUGAAAAUGAAUGGCAACUUUGUAGCUUCCAAAAAUGCUCGUUCUAGCAAUGGUCAGGAGCAGCAGUACCAAAUGCAAUUGUAUCCUGUUCCACCACCUGCAAUUCCACCCCCCCAGUGUUCAACGGUCCCUCUGUUAAUGAUUCGGCCUCCGGUACCACCCGUAUGGUUGUACGGCUAUCCUAGGACGUAUGAACAGAUGCAAUUCAAUUUCAGCUGCUCUUCCGGUAACGCCAUUUCGUUUCCAAGCAACCAUGAAUCUGCUGUCGGGCGAGGGCCUUCGGUUGUUUCAUCAUUCGAAUUCAAGAUGUCGAGCAUUAUCAAAAACAAUCCGCCCAACAUGCCGAUUUUGGAAACGGAAACUGUUAGUGGCAACGAACCAUCGCCACCGUCGGCAUGCAGCGAAACGAAAAGCGCAUCUGGUGUAGACUACCUUCUAGAACAGUUUCCCGAACUGGUGAAGAUGGCCCUGGAUGGAUGCAAAAAAGCGGAAGCACUCGCCACAUGUCAUCAGAAGCGACCGUGUUUUAAGAAAAUCGAUAGCCUCUGCGCUCGGCUGAAGCAGGACCUGGUAAAGCCGGACAACGUAAUGUCCAACAUCAAUUCGCAGGGCAUUGCAUGGGCGGUGAAAGAUUUCAUCUUCGUAUUCACCAGAAUCAUGAAUGCUUGGAUCAUCAUCAAGGGUUACGUACCCAGCAAACCGGAAGGCUUGACGAUGAUCCAGCGCGAACUGUGUCCGAACUUUUUGGUGGCCUUUGAACGCUGGCACGAAACCACUCACGAUCUAGUGGAAUCGCUUAUCAAAUCGUUCAUCAACUUGAAUAAGCUGGCAAAGCAACAGCGCAGUGGAGGCAAUAUUUUCUCAAAGCCCGAAGAACAAUCAUCAUCCCACGUUGAUGGCGCUAGCGCAGGACAAAACACGCGCGAUCUACUCGAUGACAUCGGAGAAAAGGAAUCGCUCAACUUGAAUGAUGGAGCUUACAUCCGGGCGGGAGUUUACCCCAACGUAACGUGUCCGCCUCAUGGGUUCCAGGAAAAACCACCACAGAAGGAACAACCGACUGCAGCAGUUUCUUCGACAGGUUCGGCCAUAAGUUCGGCACCUUCAAAAGAUUCCGGUAACACACCCAAUAGCCAAACGGACGAAUGUUUCCCCAGUUCCAGUGAUGAUCGUCAAUUUAUGGGAAAUUUGCUUCGCAAAACGUCGAUGGAAUGUAUGAAAUGGGUGCUGGAUGAAGUACGCAUGAUAGAGGAAGGACAGUAUUUAUACUGCAUUAACUUCGCCAAAAACUAUUUUCCCGAUUUCGACCUGAUUGCAUCGAACAUGGUAGAGCUACGCUAUGUCUACAAAAAGCAUGCAGCGGGUCAAUAUUCAAUGGUGGUUGAAUUGCUCGAUGAUUUGCAGCAGAUUGUCGAUACCUGCAAGCGGUACGUGGAAGUUUCUACCCAGUUUAAGCUUUGGAAUCCGAACGGUUCGCUGCCGGCCAAUACCACCGACAAGCAACGCAAGGAAUUGGAAAAUUUUCCGAAGCUGCAAAAUUUCAUCGCCAAAAUGGAACGUCUGUUGUUGAACAUACGGAAAGAAUCAUCCACCUUGUCGAUCUGA